AUGGCGACUUUCCUCGAGCAGUCGUACAGCUUGGUACAUCAGGACAACGCAGCAGACCAGCCGUCAUUGCAGGACCUGCGGACACAGCUGGAGAAGGGCAACGAUGAGACGAAGCAGGAGACGAUGAAGCGCAUUUUGACCGUCAUGCUCAACGGCGACCCAAUGCCUAAUCUCCUCAUGCACAUCAUCCGAUUCGUGAUGCCCUCGAAGAGCAAGGCUCUCAAGAAGCUGCUGUACCUGUACUACGAAAUCUGCCCCAAGCUGGACGCCAGUGGAAAACUCAAGCAGGAAAUGAUUCUGGUGUGCAACGGCAUUCGAAUGGAUCUCCAGCACCCCAACGAGUACAUCAGGGGAAACACGCUGCGCUUCCUCUGCAAGCUGCGCGAACCUGAACUCAUAGAACCUCUGCUCGCCCCCGCACGGCAAUGUCUCGAGCAUCGACACUCAUAUGUCCGCAAGAAUGCCGUCUUCGCCAUUGCCUCGAUCUUCCAGCAUUCCGAGGCCCUGAUGCCCGAUGCUCCCGAACUAAUCCAGACCUUCCUCGAAUCCGAGAGCGACAACACGUGUAAGCGAAACGCAUUUGCUGCACUGUUGAGCAUAAGUCAUGAGAAGGCGUUGGAGUAUCUGAGCGGGGUAUUUGAGGGUAUCCCAAAUGCGAGUGAAUUGCUUCAGCUGGUAGAGCUCGAGUUUAUUCGGAAAGAUGCUGUGCAGAACCAAGGAAACAAGGCGAGAUAUCUGCGACUGAUCUUCGAUCUCCUCGAAGCGAAGGACUCUACAGUCGUGUACGAGGCAGCAUCCUCAUUGACCGCCUUGACCAACAACCCGGUUGCAGUGAAAGCAGCUGCUGGCAAGUUUAUUGAGCUGGCAAUCAAGGAGUCGGACAACAACGUGAAGCUCAUCGUUCUAGAAAAGGUCAACACAUUACGAAAGUCAAACGAGGGCAUUCUGGACGACCUGACCAUGGAGAUCCUCCGCGUACUCUCGAGCCCAGACCUGGACGUGCGAAAGAAAGCCCUUGAGCUUGCCAUGGACAUGGUGUCGAGCAAGAACGUCGAGGAAGUCGUGAUGCUGCUCAAGAAGGAGCUGGCGAAGACCGUUGAUGAGCAAUACGAGAAGAACAACGAGUACAGAUCCCUCCUGAUCCACUCGAUACAUCAAUGCGCUAUCAAGUUCUCCGAGAUCGCACAGAGCGUGGUUGGUUUGCUCAUGGACUUCAUAUCUGACUUCAACAAUGCCUCUGCCGUGGAUGUCAUCUCCUUCGUGAAGGAGGUCGUAGAACGCUUUCCCAAGAUGCGAAGCUCAAUCGUGGAGAGGCUCGUCACAACGCUUUCCGAGGUUCGCGCCGGCAAGGUGUAUCGAGGCAGUCUCUGGAUCAUUGGCGAAUACUCCCUCGAGCAGAACGACAUCAAAGAAGCAUGGAAGCGAAUCAGGGCCAGUCUGGGUGAGAUCCCGAUCGUUGCCUCAGAAGCCCGACUUCUGGAAGAGCAGCCAGAUGGCGAACCGGAGCUGAAUGAACAAGUCAACGGGCACGCGAAGCCAGCUGCGCCGACAGGUUCACGUAAAGUCCUAGCAGAUGGCACGUAUGCCACUGAAAGCGCACUAACCAGCCAAGCGUCAGCAAAAGCGAAGCUCGAUGCUGUCAAGGCUGCGCAGAAGCCACCACUCCGUCAGCUCAUUCUUGACGGAGACUACUUCCUGGCCACUGUUCUCUCCUCAACACUCACAAAGUUGGUCAUGCGCUUCUCUGAAAUCUCCAGCGAUGCCGCGCGUACAAACGCUCUGCGUGCAGAAGCAAUGCUCAUCAUGAUUUCCAUUAUUAGGGCAGGACAGUCGCAAUUUGUGAAGGCACCAAUCGAUGAAGACUCUGUCGACCGACUCAUGUCCUGCGUGCGUUCAUUGGCCGAGUUCGCACAGAAGAAGGAUCUUGAGACUGCUUUCCUGGACGACACGAGAAAGGCGUUCCGAGAUAUGGUUCAGGUGGAAGAGAAGAAGCGCGCAGAAAAGGAUGCUGUACUGAAGGCGCAGAGCGCGAUUCAGGUCGACGAUGUUGUAUCGAUACGACAGCUCAGCAAGAAGACUACCGAUGGCGCCGACGAGGCUGAGGUUGAUCUGGAGAAGGCGACCGGCGGCGAUGCCACCACGGAAGAUCUGACAUCGAAGCUGAGCCGUGUAGUGCAGCUCACUGGUUUCUCAGACCCGGUCUAUGCCGAAGCGUACGUGCAGGUCCACCAAUUCGAUAUCAUCUUGGAUGUUUUGCUGGUCAACCAGACUCGGGAUACACUGCAAAACCUGUCUGUCGAAUUUGCCACGCUGGGUGAUCUCAAGGUAGUCGAGAGGCCUACAACACAAAAUCUUCCUGGACUGGACUUCUUGAACGUACAAGCGACGAUCAAGGUCUCAUCUACCGAUACUGGAGUCAUCUUCGGAAACGUUGUCUACGAUGGGCCUUCCGCAACUGACUCCAAUGUGGUCAUCCUGAAUGAUGUGCAUGUUGACAUUAUGGAUUACAUACAGCCCGCACAAUGCACAGAGACUCAAUUCCGCACGAUGUGGACCGAAUUUGAGUGGGAGAACAAGGUGAACAUCAACACCAAGAUGCCAGAAGGCAAGGGUCUUCGUGACUUCCUGCAGCGGUUGAUGAAGGUCACUAACAUGAGCUGCCUAACGCCAGAGGCCAGUCUGGAGGGCGAGUGCCAGUUCUUGAGUGCUAAUCUUUAUGCGAGAAGUGUUUUCGGCGAGGAUGCGUUAGCAAACCUCAGUGUUGAGAAGGAAGGCGAGCAUGGACCGGUGACUGGAUUCAUGCGUAUACGCAGCAGGUCUCAAGGUUUAGCCCUUAGUCUGGGCUCACUCAAGGGUCUCAGUAAGAUUGGAGAGUUGGCUGUGUGA